CAACUAUUCCAUUGUAUUUCAGGGUGAAGGCUGUCGUACUGUCCCGCUUUCUGGACACGUAGGAUUUGAUAGUUUGCCUGACCAGCUGGUUAAUAAGUCAGUUAAUCAUGGGUUUUGUUUCAACAUCCUGUGUGUGGGGGAAACUGGCCUUGGUAAGUCCACCCUCAUGGACACCCUUUUCAACACCAAGUUUGAAGGUGACCCAGCAUCUCACUCACAGCCUGGGGUCCAGCUGAAAUCCAGCACCUAUGACCUGCAGGAGAGCAAUGUCAACCUCAAGCUGACUAUUGUGAGCACGGUGGGCUUUGGGGAUCAGAUCAACAAAGAGGACAGCUAUAAACCCAUCGUUGAGUUCAUCGAUGCUCAGUUUGAAGCCUACUUGCAAGARGAACUGAAGAUAAGAAGGGUCUUGCACAACUACCAUGACACCCGGAUCCACGCUUGCUUGUACUUCAUUGCUCCGACAGGCCACUCCCUGAAAUCCCUGGACUUGGUGACAAUGAAGAAGCUGGACAGCAAGGUGAACAUCAUUCCCAUCAUUGCCAAAUCUGAUGCCAUUUCCAAGAGUGAGCUGACCAAGUUUAAAAUUAAAAUCACAAGUGAACUGGUCAGUAAUGGGGUGCAGAUCUACCAGUUCCCAACAGAUGAUGAAUCAGUGGCAGAGAUAAAUGGGACAAUGAAUGCCCACUUGCCAUUUGCAGUGAUYGGGAGCACGGAGGAGCUGAAAAUAGGAAACAAAAUGAUGAAAGCUCGUCAGUACCCCUGGGGCACAGUGCAGGUGGAGAAUGAAGCUCACUGYGACUUUGUGAAGCUGCGGGAGAUGCUGAUCCGUGUGAACAUGGAAGACCUUCGUGAGCAGACCCACACACGCCACUAUGAGCUCUACAGGCGAUGUAAACUGGAAGAGAUGGGUUUCAAGGACACUGAUCCAGACAGCAAACCCUUCAGCUUACAAGAAACUUACGAAGCCAAAAGAAAUGAGUUUCUGGGAGAACUGCAGAAAAAGGAAGAGGCAAUGAGGCAGAUGUUUGUCCAAAGGGUCAAGGAAAAAGAAGCAGARCUGAAGGAGGCUGAAAAAGAGCUGCAUGAAAAGUUUGAUCGCCUGAAGAAAUUGCAUCAGGAUGAAAAAAAGAAGCUAGAGGAUAAGAAGAAGUCUUUGGAUGAUGAAGUAAAUGCAUUUAAACAAAGGAAGACAGCAGCUGAAUUGCUUCAGUCACAGGCUCAGCAGGCUGGAGGAUCGCAAACUCUUAAAAGGGAUAAGGAAAGGAAAAAGGGUCACGAAGGAUCUCUUGCCUUGUCUCCUUCUCGGUGUGCUGGCCUGGAUGCACAUCCUGGAUCCAAUCUCAGGGAAAGCUGGUCACCYUGCUGUACAUAUCAGUGUUUCUGAAGAAAGACGAUGCUGUUUCUUUGACUUUCUUCUCAGUGAUUCCAACAAUUUCUGGUUUUCAUGCAAAAAGAUACUACAUUUAUUUUUUUUAAUCUGGCAUCUCUUUAGAACUGCACAGAUGUUGACAGGUUUCUUCUCAUAUUUUCUAUUCAGCAAAAGCCUUGYUUUUACUGCAGGAUUUGCACUAAAAAGGAGGGUUUGCUCACUGGGCCAGGACUUCACUCUGGCCAGGUGCAACUGUAGUUUGCCUGCAGGUGUCUUCUCUGUGUAUUUCUGGCUGAGUUUUGUUUUUAAAUAAAGAGUUCAUCGGACAGUGAAUUCUGGUUAACAUUUACUUCUUUUGUUUUUUGUUUUCUUUGCCCUUCUUUUACAGUAACCCAUGGCUCUGUACUGAGUAAUUACCCCUGAAUACAAUGGGCUGGAAUGGACCUUCAUUUACUUGUUAAAUCGGAGGGUCUAAUAAAACAUGACAGCAUUUCAGCUGUGACCUUUCCAGGGUGUUACCCUUCCUCUCUCCUGUGUUCUCAUUGUGAUUCUGUCUUUACUAUGUACUGGUGGUUAUUGCUUUUAUUAAACCAUGUAAAAUUAGUCAUAACAAAGUUUUGGAUGCUGCAACUCUAAAUCCUGCCAUUUUUCCCCCCCUACAAUUAAUGAAUUCCCCUUUUUCCUGGUUUCUCUCCACCCAGAUAAAUAAGGGAUAUGGAAAUCAGGUCUGUGAGUUAUUUUUGCUGGCAAAAUAACAACGCAGUUUAAAUAUAUUUAUUGGUGAGAUUAAAAUGACAAUGCCACCUUAGUUUAAUUAUCACAUAGUUUAGAGAUAAAACACUCUUUUCUCUUUAUACUUGGUGUAAUUUUCAUGACAUCAUCUGUCUUUUUAAAUUUGCUUUUAYUUUUCCUUUUGCUAAUUCCUGCUAUCUGAAGAGUCGCGUGUAAAUCCUCGUUUCCAUUUCAGACUUGCCUGUUGUGGUGCUGAUCCUUCAGYGGUGCUGUGGGCAGGCUCAGUGCUCUGGAUGUGGUGAAUCCACACGUCCUGCCCCUGCUGAAGGAUCAGAUGCUGCCAGCAGCCUCCACAGAAACGCCUCCAGAUCCUGGCACAGCCCAGGCCUAGCCUGGUAGGUGAUGCUGUCAGUGCCAGCURCUGCUGGGAGUUUUCCCCAGCAGUGCUCUGGUGAUGCCACAGGCUCAGGAGCAGUUUCAGUUUGGCUCCUGCUCACAGCUCAGCCCCAGACCAAGCCACAGCAYGGCCUCUGUUCCCAGCAGUCAGGGCAGUCCAGAUCUUGACUGCAAUGUACUUUCUCAGGUAUUCUGUUUCACCAUAAAUACAAUUUCAUUUCUCAUAGAACUCAUUGAUUGCAUUAUGGUUUGUUUGGGGUUUUUUAGCAAGUUAAAAUAAUUUGGGUAUUUUCUUCUUCCUGUGCUUUUGAAUGUUACCCUGCUCCCAAAACCAGUUAAUAUUAAUCUGUCAAUGAUUUGUAGAUUAUCCACUAAAAGGACAAUUGAAUGUGGCUUUUCUUACCAAACUGCAGGUUGCUGUUUGUUCAUCCUGACCGUUUACCUUAUUAGAAUGUUAUUUAAAGUUAUGUGAAAUCUUUUUGAAAAAAGACCUUAAAGCAAAGAAGGUUUUUACUUGUGUGAUUUCCCUGAAGUACKUGAGGUGCCACAAGGAGGUUCCAUCUCUCCUCUGUCAGCUGUUUCCAUGUUGCAUCUCUUUUUCUUGCUUUUUGAAUGUCUUUCUCUUUUUCGCUAAUCUUCUGUUUUUUCUCUUUUUUCCCCUUUUCUCUCUCUGUAGCUUUUUUUAAUCUGUCUUCGCCAGCUGCACUGUGUCUGAGGGAGAAGACUGCCACUUCUAGAAGAGUUUAAGGGUCUUAUGUCUGGGGAGGGGGGAACAAAUCUUCAGUGUUAGUGUCUUGGAAAGAAGCUCUUUUACUGACUUGCAUGAUACCUAAAAUUGAAAUGUCUUGUAAUUUGUGUGACAAGACAGGGUGAUGCGGGGGGAACUGAUUACCUGGGAUUUUGAAGAGCAACAGAAAUGUGAUGUUGGGACUAAUGAUGUAGCGAAUACAUUUUCAAACGUUGUUAUGGGCAUAUGUUUUUUCUAAUGUUGUCUUUAAUAAUAUAAAUGUMAUGGGCUUCCUUGAGGUGUGAAGCCUAAGGAAUAUUUUCAAUAUGCUGUAGUUUGAUUGGUUUUGGAAACCGUGCGUUCAGACUCAAAGGAAAUACAAACAUGGUGCAACUUGCUCUGUUGGCAGCCACGAAAUAUUUAAUUUUAUCAAAGAAAUAAAGUAAGAACUGUGUGUUCUCACUGGUGUCCUGCUGUGUCUCACCACCCUGUUAAACAAGCCCCAUUGGCUGGUGGACGUGAGUCAAGUGGUAAUUUCUUUUCCUAACUCCACCUCCUCUCGUUCCUUAAAGUUAGGAGAAGUUGGCAGUGCCGGGAGGGAGAGGCGAUGCCGGGGCUGCUGUAAGGAUGAAUUCCAGCCCGCCGUGAGCGGGGUGCAGUGUCCCGGUCCCGGCGGUGCUGGUGCCGCCCGGGCACUGCUCGCCCCUCCGCUCCGCGCUGCCCUGCCCGCGCCCCGCAUGCUCCCCGUGCCGCUCCCGUCCCCUUUUUACCAACGGCAGCGCGUGAAAACGGCACCGAGUUCUGUAUUUACACGGCAAACACUGAGGAACCAGCACUGUUCCGCCUGUUACCUUUCUAACUUUCAUGUAAAUUUUAAAUAAAAAAUACGAAAGCCA